AUGAGUUGUGGUGGUCAUGGGUAUUCAAAAGCAAGCAAUAUACCGGAACUCUACUGUGUUGCCAUCGGCGCUUGUACAUAUGAGGGGGAGAAUAUGGUAAUGCUUCAGCAAGUGGCCAGGUACCUGAUGCGAGCAGCCGAAGCAGCCCAGAAAGGACAAGCCCUCGGAAGGCUUGUUGACUACCUUGUGAAACCCAGCGAUAAAUGCUCGACUAUUGAUCGUCAACUGGAUCCUGACUACAGUGGCCAUUUGAAGGCGUUCGACAAGGCAGCCAAAUUGCAGGUGAUGAAGGCAUUUGAAAGGAUGCGAUCACUGAGGGCUAAGGGACUCUCUAAAGAGGACGCAUGGAACGCCAAUGCUGUUGAAUUGAAUCGAGCUGCUCGGGUUCAUACUAGGCGGUACAUCGCUCGUAAAUUCUAUGAACAUGUGGAAUCAGUUGUUGACACAAGAUGUCGCGAAGUACUUCGAGAUCUCCUUCAUCUUCAUUUCAACUAUGAGCUCUUAGACAUGGCGUACUAUCUGCUGGAGGACGGUUACUUAUGCGGUCAACAAAUGGAUUUCAUGAAAGAGGACAUGUAUCGACUUCUUGCGAAACUUCGACCGAAUGCAGUCUCCCUUGUAGACUCGUGGGAUAUCUCUGAUCAUGAACUGAGAUCGGUGCUCGGACGACGAGAUGGUCAUGUGUAUGAAAAUUUGUACAAAUGGGCGCAGGAGAGCGAACUCAAUCGGACUCAGGUACUUCCAACAUUUGAAAAAUACCUCAAACCAAUGAUGAUGGAAGCCCGUAAUCAAAGUAAACUGUAA